GUUAGAAGAAUGCUCAAGCCAUAGAGCAUCUCCAAUGGGGCUGUAUCAAAAUUUAGAGGAAUGGGAUCAUUUCCACUGUUCUUUUAAAAUUAGAAUCUAGGACUUUAGGGAAGGACCCUAGAAAAGUAACCGUAAUGGAAUUGGGGGGAGGGGUGAUAGAAGGACAGACAAAUAAAAGCAGGAGGUUGAAGGGAAAGCCUUUGGUUGGAUAAGGAGACCUGCAGGGACAGGAGGUAGAACAUCCUAGAACCAGACAGUGAAGAAUUGGGCAACUACAGACCCAUUAUGGCAGCAGCCUUCACCAAGAAAGACUACUAUGAUCGGCAUUUUAUCCCAAAAGCAUUCCUGGAAAUGUAUUUUGCCUUUCAUCCUGAGAAAGCAAAAGGAACUGCCCUUCUAGUUUUUGGUCUCAAAAAACUUUACAAGGCAUUCAAUUCAGGUGGCAUUAAAGGAGACACCCUGAUUGAUAUCGGAAGUGGACCCACCAUCUACCAGUUCCUCUCUGCCUGCGAGUCCUUCCGAGAGAUCAUCGCCUCAGAUUAUACGGAUGGGAACCGGGAAGAGAUGCAGCGGUGGCUGAGGAAGGAGCCGGGAGCUUUUGACUGGAGCCCAGUAGUGAAGUACCUCUGUGAGAUGGAAGGGGACAGGUAUGGCGAACGAGUCAGCUUCCUCCUCGGAGAAAAGUGGAUUGAAAAGGAAGAGAAGGUCCGAAAAGCCAUCAAGCGAGUCCUGAAGUGUGACGUGACCCAGCCCAACCCUUUGGCCCCUCUGUCUCUCCCUCCAGCUGAUUGUGUGCUCUGCACAAGAUGUCUGGAAGCGGCUUGCACAGACUUGCCCACCUACCACUCUGCCCUGAAGAACAUGAGCUCCCUCAUAAAACCUGGGGGGCAUCUGGUCUUUUUUGCUGUCCUGGAAUCAACUUUCUACAUGGUUGGCCAGCACCGGUUCUCAAACCUCUACGUGGAUCAAAAAUGUGUAGAGGAAGCCGUGAAAGAGGCUGGCUUUGAUAUCGAGUGGCUGGAAGGGACCAAGUUCAACUAUCCCGCAACUGUGUUUGAUGCUAAGGGGGCGUGUGUGCUGGUUGCCAGGAAACGCUGAAGCAGGUGUGGUGGCGGUGGUAAAAGGCUAGAAUAGCCCAACUUCUGGUUUCCCUUUUUAUCAUUAUGCUUACACAAUCCUCCCUUCCUUAACAGGGAAGAAGUUCCUGGACCAGCACUGUAGCUUUUGCCUUUGGAUGAGAGAGCACUUGAUGCUUAUGGAGUCUUUGUAAAGUUGGCUUAAGUGGAGGCCAAGAGACACUUUUGCUGGUUAGCAGAACUUCCUCCCCAUAUAUCCUUAGAAGGAGACAGGGUAGUCCCCUCUGGCUUGGGAAAUUUCUGGAGUUUUGGGGUGGAGUUCAGGAUUUGGGGUGGGGAGGCGUGGUGUAUUGCCCUCCUUGGUUCGUUGUGUCGUUGGAGCUCAGCCUUAAUUAAGCUGAUUUAUUGUCCACGCCCUUGUCUUCUGCCUGGGCAUUUUUAAUGGUUGCAGCUGCAGCUGCUUGUAUCUGCGGUGCUGCAAUAAACAACUUGUUUUAUCUUUUGGAGGCAGCCUCCCCCCCCCUUUUUUUUUUGAAAAUGUCUCAGGUGGGACCUCAGCCACCUCUUUUAAAAAGUGGCUAGUAGUAUAUGGACGUUUCUAGUUCUCUGGAACAGAGGUGGAUUUCCAUGAUAAGCUGAAUAUUUUAGAGAUCUGAGUUCUUUUAUACUUCUUGGGUGUUGGCUUGCCCUUUUUUCAUUUAUCCCUGGUUCCUAGAAUGUGAUUUCUCGUCACCUCUGUUUAGCUAGGUUCUUCCAACAAACUCCACCAAAACAGCCGCUCUGCUGUAAGAUUAAUUCUGUUCCAAGUGCCGGUUCCUACCUUUAAAGACUCAAUGGCUUGGAGCCCGGGUUCCUGAGGGACCGCCUCCUCCCAUACAAUCCAGCCUGCCAGGCAAGCUCUGCCUCCUCCCAAGUCCUGCUCUCUCUGUCCCUGCCAUUAAUGGUGCUGUGCGAGGCAACCAAAGACAGGGAUUUUCCAGGGGUCGUUUCUCGCUUCUGGAUUUCCCCCUGUUUUGGGCUUGCUUGGCACCGACCUUGCUUUCCUUUAGGGACCAGUCCAACACAUUUCUCUUUACUCGUGUUUUUAAUAAGGGAUUUUAUAUUUUCACUUCUGUACGGUCUGCUUCUGGUCUGAAGUGUGUUUGUGGAUAUUUUUAUGCUGCUCUUUUAUCUCUAGCUUGCUUUUAACAGCUUGUUUCAUUUUAAUUUGUAAUGAUUUUCUGUGAUUAUAUUUACUGGCAAACUGCCUCAAGCAGGAUUAAUUUGGAGAGGCAGCGCCAACAUUUUCUAAAUAAACAACUGACUUAAUUU